AUGAGUGACUGCGAGUUUGCCUAUGUACACAUGCUGGCUCAGGACUAUUUGCUGUAUAUCCUGAAGAUGCCGCAGCCUGGACUGGGAUUGAGCAAGACGUCCAGGGUGCUGCAGAACGUCACCUUCUCCAUCCAGCAAGAAGUGGAAGAGGCUCUGCAACCGUACCUGCACAAUGUGCCUGUCGCGUCCGUCGAGACUGCCAGAACGAUUUUCAACCAAGUGAUGGAAAAAGAGUUUGAGGACGGUGUCAUCAACUGGGGUAGGAUUGUGACUAUAUUCGCAUUCGAAGGGGUCUUGGCCAAGAAGCUCCUCCGGGAGCAGGCUGCUCCGGAUGUGGACACUUUUAAGCCCAUCCCUUAUUUUGUGGCUGAGUUCAUAACGAGGAGGAUGGGAGAAUGGAUAAGGCAAAACGGAGGCUGGGAAAAUGGAUUUGUAAAAAAGUUUAUACAUAAUUCUGGUGAAAAAAUUUUUCUGGAAGUUACCGAACAGAUCUGUGUGAUAUUGUCAUUGCUAAAAAAGAAGUAUUGCUGA